AUGAUCGACUACGCUUUCAAGCAGGAACUCGCGCGAACGCGAGAAAAUGUUGAUGACCUGUUUUAUUAUGAUGGGCACAAGGUCGGUCGUGGAACUUACGGACAUGUGUUUAAAGCCCAGCCAAAAGUUCCUUCUGCUAAAUAUCCUGCUAAAGAAUAUGCGUUGAAGUUAAUCGAAGGUCAAGGAUUCUCUAUGUCGGCAUGUAGGGAAAUUGCAUUGUUAAGAGAACUGAAGCACCCGAAUCUGAUAUGCUUACAACGAGUGUUCCUAACGAAUGAAAAGAAGGUGUGGCUACUGCUUGACUAUGCAGAACACGACUUAUGGCAUAUUAUAAAAUUUCAUCGAGGUGCUAAAGCAAAGAAAGUGCCGGUUAUGGUGCCUAAAGGAAUGGUUAAAAGCAUAUUAUAUCAAAUUCUAGAUGGUAAUUGCUUCCACUUUCUUUAUUUCUUUUAGCU